CAGCAACGAUUUUUUUUUUAAAUCGAAAGUUGUGCACCGAUAAGAGUUCUUUGCCCUUGAUCCUUUUCGAAAAAUCAAGGUGACCUAUUUCAUCCCCCCUUCCCCCUCGUUUAUUUACUAAGCUAGAUCCAUUGGCUUCUUCAGAGCUAACAACAACUGGACGGUCGGGAAACAGUUGUUUUGGUUAGCCAAGCUGUCUUCAUUGAGCAAGGCAUUGACAUUGUAUCAGUUGUCUGUGUGUGUGUCCUUUUAUCUUAUCUUUUGUUUAAAAUAAAUAUUUAGGUAGAUCUGUGGCCUAUUCUUCGUUCUGCAUUGUUGUUUGUAGAUAUUGUUUUUAAAAAUGCUUUCUUACUUUCGUUCAGAAUGCGUUAAUGACUCCAGUGUUCAAUUAGAAUUAAAUCAUGCAGCUCCGCAUCAAGACAGAAGAAAUGGUCGCCUCUAACUUUGGGUGCAAGACAGAAAACCACCUAGCCUCUUCAAUCGGGAGGAAGAAAAGGCUAAUGAACAACGCUAAGUGCCGGGAGAAACAACCCGUGCCCAAGCCACCACUGACUCCCAGCAAGAAGUUACGCAGAGAGAGGACCACUACUCCAGUGGUCAAAAUGGUCAACGGAAACAACAAUUGUGGCUUACAGAUGAAUGGUGAUAUUGAUCUUAUUACAUCUUCACCACAUCCUGGCACCACUACCACCAGGCGAAAAGGUCGCAAGGCAAAGAACAAACAAGGAGAUCCUGCCCCACUGGCUAGUAUUAGUCCGGCCAGGACCACAGUCCUGGGGACAUUGUUCUCACCUAUCUACCCCCCCUUUCACCCACAUACAGACGCAGAGUGUAGUACAACAGUCACAGACUUGGAGGCCAUUGCUCGGGUGUUAGAACUGGACGAUGUGAUGAUCGACACAGUCAUAGAGAGCACUAUGUCUAGCAAAGAGAAUGAAGAUCCGACAAUGGACGUCAACGUCGACUGCAAGGAGCUCAUGUUGUCUGAAGACAACAACAACAACAGCAGCAAUAACAGUGGUCCAGCCACUGCCGCCUCAACCAACGUCUGCGGUGCCAGCAACCACCUCCAGAUGGGGACCACGAGCGGCGUCACUUCGUGUGGAACCGAUGGCAUGCACCACCCGUAUCACCACCCCCACCUUGCUGUGAACAGCGCCGCUGCCUACCACAGUUCCGGCUGCUGCCCUGGGGAGGUGGCCAUGGAGGCUCAAACAGACUGCGGCAGCUUCAGCACUGAGGAGGAAGGAGACGGAACAGAAGAAGGAUAUGAAUGGGAUACUGAAUUACAAGAUCCGUACACUAUCAUCAGGAGUUUGCCUCCUCUGACAGAUGAGCUGAGAGCACGAGUGCCAGCGCUGCCCCUGAAAACCAGGAGCUCUCCAGAAUUCUCAUUAGUUCUAGAUCUGGAUGAAACUCUAGUUCAUUGUAGUCUGACCGAGUUGGAAGACGCUGCUUUCUCUUUCCCGGUUCUGUUUCAAGAAGUCUCUUACAAAGUGUUCGUCAGGACGCGGCCAUUUUUCCGCGAGUUCCUGGAAGCAGUGUCCCAGCACUUUGAGGUGAUCCUUUUCACUGCCUCAAAGAAAGUUUAUGCGGACAAAUUGAUGAAUCUUCUAGACCCUGAGAAGAAGUUGAUCAAGCAUCGGUUGUUCCGUGAACACUGUGUAUGUGUGAAUGGCUACUACAUCAAAGACUUAUCCAUUCUAGGGCGAGAUCUAGCCAAAACUGUCAUCAUAGACAACUCUCCGCAGGCAUUUGGUUACCAGCUGGACAAUGGAAUUCCUAUUGAGAGCUGGUUCGUUAACCGAGAUGACAAAGAAUUGUUGAAGAUCCUUCCUUUCUUGGAGGAGUUGAGGGUCAAGAGGCAAGAUGUACGCCCACAGAUCCGAGACAGAUUCCGCCUGCACACCCUUCUCCCACCAUAAAUUUUCUGCAUUUAGUGCCAGAUUCUUUCAUAAGAUGUUGCGGCAGCCUGGAAGCGUGUGUUGUCUUGUGUCCUCGGCACAGCAAGCAAGAGGAGGGGUGUGUCAGAGGCGGAGGGGGGAGGAGAGAAACUGGUUUCGGACACUGAAGAUUAAAUUUGUUAAUUUUAUUUGGAUGUACUCCGUACAUGUAUGUAUCUUAUUAUCUUAUUAUUUUAGGGUGACCUCUCUUAUCUCUUGGUUCGAACUCUCAUGUGGGGGGGGGGGGGGGGGGGAAGAGAGGAUACAUUGUUUGGAAGAAUAUUCCAUUAGAUUAAAGAAUCAACACAUUUAAUCGUAUUGUUAAUUUACACUGUUGUUUAACAUGCCUCAUUUUGUGUACAUUUCAAGGAACCUUAUCCACAAGCUCUUUAAUCUAGGGGGAAAAAAAAGGGGGAAAAAAAAGGUUCUUUCUAUUGGCCAGGACUAAACUUGUACAUCUAGAUAGCCUUGCGCUUUGAAAAGCUACUUUGAUCUACUGCUUAGGUCUGACCUAAGUUUGAUUCUGCAAAUUUUUAAAAUUUUUAUUUGUUAGUUAUUGUUUGUUGAGCUUUUUCUAAUCUCGCUUUGAAAAAGCUUUUGAGAUUUGUUUCUUUUAUAAAAAUGAUCUGAUUCUAAGUUAUUGUGAAAUUAGUUAAUUUCAUGUUUAAUUCACACGAAACGAAUUACUGCGUUCAGAGAAUGAAUUUUGUUUUUUAAAAAACUUAAAUUUUGUUUCUAUGAAAAGGUUCAUAUUUACUUGUUUUAAUACAAUUUUAAAACAGCGAGAAGAAUUAAUUUUUUUUUUCAUUAUCAAGAAGGUUAUAGUAACCCCAGCAAUUGUUUAUUAUUUUAUUUAUAUUUAAGGAAAGCAUCCCAUAAUUUUUGUAACCAGCUGCUUCUAAUAUUUUGUAUUUAACGCAUUUAGGCAAGUAAAUGUUGUUAGGCAAUUGUUUUGUUAUUUUUAUAUAUUUUAGUUGAAAGAAAUAAUUUUUAAAGAAGCAAAAGAAAUUUGCUAUUAAAACAAAAAACAAAGUGAUCUGCUCUGUUGAAUAAGCUAUGGCCUUCGCUGUGAAAUUAUUGGAACGUAAAGAAAAGAUGACCCCAAUUUUUUGUUAACAUGUUCAGACAUGGGGUAAGAGGAUGCCAUUGUUUUAAAAUGACUCAUGCUGGGUAGAUUGAUUUUAACUUUUUAAAAAAAAAAAAAAUGCUUUCUCCACCUCCCCCCUCCACCUUUCCCCCAGAUUAUUGCGAUUCCUCCCCCUUUCCUUGAAUAAAUAAGUGUGUCAAGUUUUAUUUCAUUAAUCUCAUUGUUUAAUUUUUUCCGCGAUACUCAGUUACACAUUUGCUCGCAUUUAUUUUGUUCUGUUCAGGUCAUUGGCCCCUCCCCACCUCUCAACUCCUGCGUCUGCAGGUUGCUUGCUCAACACAUCCCUUUUGAUUCUGAAUGAAUAAAAUGUUAAUAUAGACACAACUAGUUGUCUCAGAUUUUAAAUGAUUUGACAGGGUUCCCGUGGCCUGCUGAAGUUCAAGUCUCAGAAAGGUUGGGGGAAUUCUGUGAUUAAUGCCCUUCUGUUGUUAUUCUUCUUGGUUGCAUUAGGUUCUAUUUUUAAGUCAUCCUCAUUUUUAUUUUAUGUAAGAAUAUAAUAUAUUCUUAAAGCAUGAUGAUAAUAAUAAUAAGGCUAGUCUUUGGGUCUAAAGAUUCAGAAGUGCAGUAUUUCUUGUGGCUGAGCUGUCCUAGCUGUGAUCUACAUUUUUCACACACAGCCAGCGUAGACUUAACCAUUGUCUGCUGGUGGUCAGUUUAUGUUCCCUUUCUGCCAUCUACAUUAGUUCUCAGCUGUAGAUUUCCUUUUGGUCAGCUCACCAAAAAGCACUGCCUUUGGCGAACAGUCCUCUCCCAUACAGGAUAUGUGCCCUGCCCAGCGUAGCUGUCAAACUAGCAGUCCCUCUAUACUGUGCAUACCAGCAUUCAUAAGUACAUAAUUAUUAGUAGUGUGGUCUUGCCAGUGUAUGCCCAUGGUGGAGCGCAGACAUCUUUGGUGAAAGCCUUAGUUGCUUUCUGUAUAGCACCCAUGUCUCGGAUCCAUACAGGAGGGUCGACAGAACCACAGCUUGAUAGACACUGGUUUUUGGGCAGACGGAGCGAUUUAUUCUGCAACACUCUUUGCUUGGAGGCAUCCAAAAGUGCUACUUUCCUUAGCAAGAUGGUUAUAGACUUCUCUUGAAAGUGAUGUGUCAUUGGAUGUAAACAUGAUACAAGCAUAUAAAAGAAUGUAAUCUCAAAUUUAACUAGCAGUUAGUCACUAUUGUUUUGUUAUUACCUGUAAUAAGUUAUUUUUUCUGUUACAGUUGUUAGUUAAAAAGUUGUUUUUUUACGUCAAAGCAAUGGAAAUGGUGGGAAAUGUGUUAUCAUUCUGUCACUGUAAUGUAUAUAUAAAUAUAUAUUUUUAAAUUGUAUGUGAUACCUAUUCUAUUUUUAUUUCUUGUAUAUUAAUGUUGUAUUUUUUUUUUUAAAUUUACAUAAUAUAUAUACAUAUAUAUAAUAUAUUUUAUUGAUUGUACCUGUACAUAGUCACACUCUGUUCAUAUUUUUUUUCUUCUUGUUUAAUCUUGUCAAAUCUAACUGCGUACAAAAGGACGUACGCAACUGGGCUAAAUAGAAUAAAAUCUGCGACAAAGUUUAACCAAAACAGAAACAAAUUUAUGUGUGUAAAAAAAAAUAAUUUUCUAAAGAGAUGAAACCUGUGUUAUAAUUAUGAGGUUAUUAAUUAUAUGUGUGUACUCUUUUGCACUUUAAGUUUAACGCAAGUUGAAUGCAAGUCCUUAAUGUCCUUCUAUAAGUAUGUUUGUCCUUAUUUGUCCUUGUCCCAAGUACUCGUCCCAACUUAUUUGCUGUGUUGAUUUUUUUUUUUUUAACUUUUCUUUUAAAUUAAAUAACCUGCUGCUUUUUAUUAGUGUUUGUUGACCUAUUCUAGCUUCGCCUUAUUAUUUCUUUCUUACUUUAUGUCCAAGCAUUUUUAUAAUUUUUAUUUUGUAAUUAUGUUAUAGGCCACUUAGAGAAUUCACCUCUACAAGAUUUCACCUAAUUUUCUAUUGAAACCUAGUCAUUAAAACAGACUUACUUAGACUUAGGUCCUCCCGCGCCGUUCGGCGCAUUGGGCAGUAAGCUGUCUCCAUAAAGAUCUGUCACUGGCAGUCAUUAAAACAAAAUCAACUGUAAUCAUCUCCUUUUUUGAAGCACCGUCUGUAUUUUAUAAGAUUAGAUCAAAGAUCCAAGUUGUAUUGUAAAUCCAAAAGGUACUAAGAGGAUAACAUAAAGUUUUCUUGAUUAGCUUUGAAACUGCAAUCGGAUGUUAUAUAAAAAUUGUUUAUAUAUGAAAACAAAAAGAUAUAUGUACACAUAGAUCUGUCGAAGUUAUCCAUAUGGAGAUGCUAUUAGAUUGUGCAUAGAGAUAGACUAACUAACUAACUAAUCAUGAUGGCAUUGCUAGACAAGCCUCGCCCUCGGCAUUAAAUAAUUUAAUGUUUCUCUUUCUACAUAGACUAGAACUCAAAAUUGAGUAGUAUUAUAAAUUAAAAGGCAGUGUCUUCAGUUUAUUUUAGAUCUCAUCAAAGACUGUGGAUAUUUUAGAUCACUUUGGGUGCCUUGAUAGUUUAGAAGAAUAUGUGUAAAUAAGACUAUUAAUCCCUAAAGAUGAGAUUUGACCGUUUAUCUCCAGUACCUGUAAACUGAUUAAUUAGGAAACAAAGAGUCCUAUAAAACUACAUGGUACAUCAUUGCAUGCUUACAUCUUAAUGCAAUCUCAUUUUGAACUCCUAACUUCCUUCUUUUGAAGCUAAAUUUUCCUUUUUUUUUUUUUCAAACAUUUGUUAAGAUGAGAUUAUUCAGAUAUUGACAUUAGUGUAUGUGAAUGGUAUGGUUUUUGAGAGAUACACAUAGCCUGUAACAUAAGAAUAAAUAUGCCUAAAUAUGUUCUACCAACAUUAAAUGGCGCAUGCAUUGACCAAAGGAAAUCAAAUUUCUUUUUAAUUUUCCAACAUAAUGUUUUGACCUCUGGGGCUCAUCAUAACAGAUAUGGAAUGAUUCAAUCCUUGCACAUAUGAUAGGACUUAUAUCGAAUUUAAUAAAUUUUGUACAUAUCAUAGGAUUUAAUUGAAUUUAAUUAAUCUUGCACAUAUGGUAGGUCCUCUAGAUCUUACAGCUGGGGUAGGUCUCCUAGACAUACACAUAUGGUAGGUCCUCUAGAUCUUACAGCUGGGGUAGGUCUCCUAGACAUACACAUAUGGUAGGUCCUCUAGAUCUUACAGCUGUGGUAGGUCUCCUAGACAUACACAUAUGGUAGGACUCUGCGCUAGAGUAUGAAUUUUUUUAGUUUUCUUAAUGUUAAUAUUUUUCUUUAUAUUCUCUACAGCUUUCUUUUUUUUUUCUCUGUUUCACUUUUCCUCUGUUUAGCUCUCUUUUUCACAAAGCUUUUAUCAACUCACUGUCUGUCUGGUAAAAAAAUGUGUGCGCGUUAUUUUUCUCACACCCAAUCUCGGAUCAAGCUGAAAUUUCUCACAAUUAUUUCUUUUACCUGACAUAACAGGACUAAAGAACAACAACUCAAUUAGUUGAUUAACUAUAAGUAAUUAAUUAUUCUCUUUUUAGCAAGGGAAAGAAAUUGUACUUGACUGGUGUGGUGGUGCUAGUUGAAUUAGUCAAUUUUAUAUUUUUUUUAGAAAGAAAUAGUUUGAAACUAAAAUAGAUAACUAUAAAACUUUCUUUUUUCAUUAGCACUUUGCUGGCACAUCAGUUAGUGUGUUAGAUUGAUGAGACAGUGAGCCCUCAAGUUUAAAUUUAGGUUAUUCAACUUUAAAAAAAGAAAUACAUUUAACAACGAUCAAGGUAACACUCACCCAGAUACCCCCUUCUUCCUAUCCACACAUCUUUCCCAACUGGUCCAGACAAGGGAUAGGAUCAUAGGGUAUUGAGAAAGCUAAAAGCAUAAAGUUAUGCUAAACAAAAACACUUGGUAAAAAUAUUUCAAAUCGCACAGAUUUAUUAGUGUUAGUCUAGAUAUAUUACGAAUUUAAUUAAAAGACUGUUCCUAACUAAUUGAUAUGACGAUAUAUGAUAUGAUAUAAGCAUUUUUUUUUUAAAGUUUUUUUUAAUAUUUUUCUUGUGUCUAUAUGGCUCUGUCUCAGUUAAGCUCUUUGUCAUUGCGUCUCUCUUUUGUCUAUGUUUGGCCCUUAAUUUCAUUUGUCUGCUUCUCUUUUGCACUGUCUAGUUUAUAUUUGUGUCAUUAUUCUGACAUGUUCUUAUGUUGCUUUACUGUAGAGUAGAUUUUUAGUGUAUGUAGUUAAAAUUUAUAACCUUGUACAAGGUCCAUAUCUUAUCUCUUACAUGAUGUAACUUGUUUCUGGUUUUAUUCUUGUUUUCAAAACAUGUUAAACAUUCUUUGGUGCCAUUUGUAUUUAAAACAAUGUCGUUAUUCGGUUUAGUUCACAGGCAUAAGUCUACCAAAGUUUUCAUUUCAUUAUUGAUGUUGAUAGUAACACACAAACCAAAAUGUUAUGGUUUUAUUUCUUCUUGUUUUUUUAUGUUUGACAAAUAUUUAUGAUAAAACUUGUUCACCUUUAUUUUGUUUAACACAUAAACCAUCAAAUACCAUGUUAAUGUUGCUUUUAUUUUGUAGAUUGCAUUUUGAUAUCUAGAUUCUUAACAAUGUAAAUAGAGAAACUUUUAUUAGUUUGGAAAGAGAAUGGUUUGUUUUGUUUUAGUUCUAAUGGAAGCUGUAAGUAACUGAUCUUUUUGAGUUCAGUGAUGUGGUCACUAUCUGACCACUUUUAUCCCAGAGUUCUUUAGUAGUUCUGUUUAAUUAAUGGUUUAAAGAUAAAGGUUAAUGAAAAUAGUGUCUUGUUUGAAAAAAACAAAUAAAAAAAAAAAACUUAACGGUAUGCAAGAUUUGUUGUUCUGAUAUUCAGAUUAUUUAAAACUUAGUGAAAAAAAAAACAACCAGCAAAAGUUGUACCUUACAGCAGUAUUACAUCAUGUAUAAGCAAUCAUUUUGUUGUCAUAUUGCAUCAGAUUUUCUUUUGGUUUCUAGUUGUUUAUAUAUUUUUUUGUUCAUUCAUUAAUCUGUAAAACAAAAACAAAAAAAUAACAACCUACAGCUAACUGGUUAGUUCCUACUUGUAGUGCUGUGUGUCUCAUUCUAGACUGUCACACUGUGAAGCUCAUCCCCAUGCAUAUAGAUAUUGUAUUCCACUGGACUUGUGAAUGUUGCUUUGACUAGACCAUAUACUCUCACUGCCAUGUGACACCACUCAAGAGGCUACAUCUUCAUUUCUUUUUUUUUUUUUAACAUUUUUCAAGUUUGACAAUUUCUGUUUUGGGAUGAGGGGCUUAAUCAGCCUGGCUAACCUAUCAAGUGGUACCAGUUUGAAUCCUUGAGUUGUAUUCCCUGAGUCAAGUGUGUAACGCAGCACGGUUACCUUUUCCCAGAUACACCCUUCUCCCACAAGCCCACAAUAAGGAUAUCACCAUAGUGUCCUGGGCUUGCUAUAACAUGAAGGAUACGCUGUGUAAAAGUAAUAAUAAUUAUGGACAAGGUAGUAUGGUCAUUUUAAGCUGUAUUUUAGCAUGUAAAAGCACUAUCUUCUACAGUCUAGGUGAUACAAAUUUUAAAUGUAGGGGAAGUAAGCCAUGCACAACUCUUGAAGAAAAAUGUGUUGUAUUCAGUAAAAGGGAAAUAAGCAAAGUAAUUACUUACAAUAUGUGUUCAGCAAGGGGAAAUAAUGAUGGCAACUUUUGUAGUCCGCACAUGAAUCUGCUGUUUUUUAAUCAUUUCUUGUAAGAAUUCAUUUCUUUUGUUUUCUUUUUAAUUGUUUUGUUGUUUUCAAUAUUUAUUUUGUCUCCUGAUUUAUCAAUCAAUAAAAUUUUUAAUUUGAGCGAA